AUGCUGCAGCUUGUUUUGAUUGUUCUUGGUCCGCGCAGAUAUCAUAGUUCAAAUGCAAUUUUUCGAUUUGUGCUGUGGGGAGCUUACAUUUCUGCGGAUGCUGUGUCCAUAUGCGCACUUGGAUCCAUGAUGCACAGUGCCAGGAGUGGGAUAUAUGGAAUAUGGGCUCCAUUGUUACUGCUGCAUUUGGGAGCCCCGGAUGCCAUAACUGCCUAUUCCAUGGCCGAUAAUGAGCUAUGGUUGAGACAUGCAUUCAUUAUGGUUUAUCAAGUUGCAGCAGCAGUGUAUGUUAUGUAUUCAUCAGCAUUGAAAGGCCAUGCAUUGGCUUCAGCUAUCCUUCUUCUGGUUGCGGGGGCCAUUAAGUAUGGAGAAAAACCCCUCGCUUUGUGGUUUUCUAGCUUUCCUCAAAUUUUUAGGUCAUGUCUGCCAAUUUCCAAAUAUAUGAAGAAUGGAAAUGUCGUUGAAAGUUGUAGGUAUAUUGUUAUGGGAGAGGGGCAACUACAGAGAGCCAGAGCAAAUGAAAAGAAUUCGUCUUCACUCGGAGGAGGGGUAAAACAGACAGAGGGAUCCCUGGAGACGUCUUCAGUAGAAGAAGGGACAAAAAAGGCAGAGGUGUCCAUCGAGGCGUCUUCACAUGAGGAAGGAAGAAGGAUAAUAACCAUUGAGGAUAUCAAGAGCGCUAAGAUUAAAGAGAGGAACUACAAUCUCUGCCUUGCCUAUGCGUUGUUCAAAAUGUAUAAGCGGAGGUUUGCAAGUCUGGAUUUCGAUGAAGUGGGUGUGCCAGAGACAAGAGCUUUUUGGCUUAAGUUUAGUGGAAAGGAAGCAUUCAGAAUUGUAGAACUGGAAUUGAAGUUCAUGUAUGAUGAGCUCUUCUCCAAGUGGAAAGAAGUAACAUUCAGUAGUUUUCUGACAGUAUUACGCCUUGUCAACUGCAUUCUCAUGGGCGCCUCAGUGUUUCUGAUAUGGAGAGAGAAGCAGCACAGAGAAGCACAGCGGACGGUGACAUACGUUGUGAUUUCAGUGGCGCUUGUGGCAGAGGUAUUUCAGUUCUUUCGAAUUAUGAUAUCAGAUUGGACAAUGGUCCGCUUAGUUUGUGCUCAUGUUGAGGCAUUUAAACAUCCCCUCUCGCAGAGCACUCUUAACUGGUGCAAAAUCUGCAUGUUGAAGGUGCUAGAGAUUGCUGAGCUUGUGCUGGGCAAGGUUCAAAAUGUGGUUAGACGAGAUACGUUUGAAAUUCGACAACACUGCUUGAUAGGGACUUGCCUUGGUAAGUCUCGAUUCGUGUGGAAGAUGGCUGGAUUCUUCCCAAAGUUCAACAGACAUAUUGUAAGCGUGUACAUCAAAGUAAGGCACAUCCACAAAGUGUCUGUCCAAGACGAGCUCAAAGACUUCAUUUUUGAUAUCCUAAAACAGAAAAUCUCUCUCCAGAAUGAUAUCGAAAAAUGCAGAAGGAAUAUUUACAUGUUUGAAGAGGAUGAGUUCGGAAUCUUUAAGGAGGGCAGCUACAAUCUCGAGGAGGUCAUUCUCAGGUUGCAUGUGACUACGACGAUGCUAGAUAUGAAGAGAGCAUUGCUUGAACAGAUUGAGGACGAGAAUGUACGUUUGAGUAGAGUACUGUCGAGGUACUGUUCAUAUCUGCUUCUGUCACGCCCCAAUCUUUUGCCCCUCCACCCGGAAAAGGCGAGGAUUGUAUACAUGCAACACGUGGAGCGCAUUGUGGAGAUGCAUGAGAGCCUUUUGAGACCUUCUGGCAAACGGUCUCAAUAUCAUUAUAUGGAACCGAUAAGCAAGGAAGUCAACAAUGCACUAGCUGAAGCCAUUGGCAUACCAUUGGAACUUCUAGGAAAAGAAGAAAAUGAAGAAGAAAGAAAAAGAGGUUAUGUGAAAUGGAAGAGAAACCAAGAAGAGAAAAGAGAGAAGAAAGAUAAAGAAAAAAGAAUAAGCACAAGAGAUGAAGAUAUGGAAGAAGCAAGAAUAAUAGGUUAUGAAGAAUGGAAGAGGAAAGAAGAAGAGAACAGAAAAAAGAAAGAUGAAGAGAGGUGGACAUUAUUGGCGGAGUAUUGGGGUCGGUUGGUGAUAUACAUGGCAGUGUAUAAUAAAACAUCAUCUCAUGCAGAAUGCAUGGCUGAUGGAGGAGAAUUUUUGAGUCAAGUGUGGGUUUUAUUGGGUCAUAUGGGAUGUGGAGAUCAGUCUGAGGCUGCUGUAAAAUUGAAGGUUGAGGCACGGAUGAAACAGGAGCAGCGCAUGGAACGACAACUCAGAGUAGGCAUGGAAGGUAAAAGUCCAAAUAUCUUGAUGCCCAUCACUGACAGUGGAGAACAGUCAAUCUGCCAUGAAAUUGAGGUUGAUGGGCCGAUGGAAUGGGCACGUAUGGAACGCAUGGAAAAAGAAUCAAAUGUGGAGUAG